ACCAACAAUAAACUGAACAGUCCUCCCUCCUCACCACACAAAGUUGUUAAUUCUUCCAAUGCCACAAUUCCCAAUGGGAAUGGGAAGGGACAGCAAGGGGCAGGAGGAGCACUAAAGCAGAAGCAGAUAGGAAAAACAAAGGGCAGUCCAGAGGCAGAGAUGGGAGAAUCUGACACAGAAUCCAAGAAAUGUGAUACUCACUUGAGCAUUGGCAAACCAGUCGUUUCUGAUAUACAAGCAAGAUCAGCCGUUCUGUCCUGGAAUCUCCCAGUUAGUUCACAGAAUGGAGAGAGCCAUAGUCAUAGUCCAGCAGCAUUUACAUUUGAAGUAGCAAUAUCCAACAGUGGUAAAAAUGGAAAAUUUAAAUCUGUCUAUGUUGGGGAGGAAUUAACAAUUACACUUCCUGAUCUCAGACCAGCAACUGAUUAUCAUGCCAGGUAUGCUGCUGGGACGGAAAUAAUUAAUGCUGGGGGAAUUACAGAAUUACUGUGGCUUCAUGGAAAAAAGGUGUGAUCCAAACAGUUCGAGGAACACUCUGAAAAAACACCACGGCUGUGGACACUGGUUCUGCUGUCUAAGUUCCAAUUUACCUUCUAAUUUCAUUACAAUAUCGCCUCAUUUUCCUCCUUACCAUUUUCUCUGUGUUUCUCAAAUACAAACUUUAAGUUUUUCCGUGUUAUUCUCUAUCUUUAGAAGAAGAUUGGACGGAGUGAGAUGAUUGUUGUAGGCUGAAGGCAGUGCUAAAUGAAAUGACUUAGCCUUGAAAUUGGAUCUGAAAGUCUGACUUGUCAGCUUGAUUUGCAGAGUAGCUUGUGUGAAGUGCAGCAGUGCAAGGAGGGAAUGGGGAACUGGCUGAAGGGGGAAGUCAGAUGUGACCAGGGAACGAGACGUGACGUUCGAGAAUUACCACACAGUAAAUAAUGCUGAGGGAGCUGUGGGACUGGUCAGGGAGAGCCCAGCUGGUUAAACAAGCCAGGGAACGUGUGAAGAGUCAGUGCAGCCUUGAGAUUUGCUGAAGCAAAGUCCUGUUCUUAAGCUGCAGAAAUGUUCUGAGUGUGUGGAGUACCCAGCACAGCUCCACUUGCACAGAGGAUGUGUGGUUUGGGGGGCUGUUUUCCAUACAGGCCAACUAAACACACAGAAAUGAGCACAAAUCUUGUGGAGAUUAAACAAUUACCCUAAAAAGCACAAUUUUAUGGCCUGAGCAGCUGAUUCAGCCCAUUUUAGUAUCUGUACUCUUGCACAAGUAUUGGCUGUAUUUGAAUCUUGAAGUCUUUUUAGUAAAAGGCUCAUUUCCAGUCAGGGAUUCUGUUACCAUUUGGGAACACCUGGAGUUUUCAUCCUGCAUCCCACGUGUAUUUCAGCACUAAAAUAUGUCCACUGUGACAGAGGGUAACUGUAAAGUAAAUGAAGAUGACAAAUGGGGUCUCUGGGACCAGCAGGUGUGAUCCCAGUGUGAUCCCAUCCCUGCUCUGUGUGCAGGAUCAGCAGGGAC